AUGUUCCUACUUCAAAGACCACGACUCCAUGUCACACCCAACCUCGCCUACAUUACGGCACGCUCACCUCCAGUCGCCCCCACACUCACUCGCAACCUAACCUCGGCUCUCGACGUCAACACCAUCUCGGAACACUCAGAGUCUACUCCAAAAGGUCUAAAACUCACCUCGCAUCAUCAAUACCAUGCAGAGCGACUCACCCGCGACAACCUCCCCACCGAUCCUUUCACCCUCUUUCGCAAGUGGCUCGACGAUGCCCUCGCCACUGUCCGCGAGCCAGAAGCCAUGACCCUAUGUACAGCCACCCCAUCAGGUGUGCCAAGUGCACGCGCCGUCCUCCUCAAGGAAGUGGACGACCGCGGCUUCCUCUUCUUCACAAACUACGCUUCGCGUAAAGGUGCAGAGCUAGAGGCGAAUCCACACGCAGCACUCGCACUGCACUGGCGCGAAGUUGCACGCCAAGUUCGAGUGGUGGGCGCUGUGGAGAAGGUGUCAAAGGCCGAUAGUGAGGAAUACUUUGCUUCACGGCCAAGGAAAAGUCGCAUCGGUGCAUGGGCAAGCGCACAGAGCUCUGUUGUGGAAGAAGGAGAGCUCGAGGCUGCGGUGCAGAAAGCAGAGGCUCAGUUUGAGGACAAGGACGUACCCUGCCCUCCGGGGUGGGGAGGGUUCCGCGUCGUUCCAACUGAAGUCGAGUUCUGGGCAGGCCAGCCCAGCCGCCUGCAUGACCGCUUCGUGUACCUUCGCAACAGCGAGGGCGCACCAUGGCGCGUUGAGCGGCGCGCCCCAUGA